AUGAAGUAAGGUAUAGCUUAAUAUAAAAUGGACUAAAUUGAUUUUCGUAAGAACUCUUUUCAGUAAAAUAUGAACCAAGAAUGUAAUAUUUAAUAGUUUGAGUAAUUCCAUCAAAAGCUAAAAUAAGAUCAAUAAGGGUAAGAUGAUUUCAAUAGCUAAUAAGGCAUUAUAAAUUAAAAGUAGAGAUAAAUGUUUUUGAGGUAGCAAAGUCUGAAUCCAUUCUAAGAAAAUUCAAUCUAUUCUGUUUAAGAUUAAUUUAAGAAAACUUUUUUUAGAAAAUGUAGAACUAUUUCUAAAUAUCCUUCUGUUAUUUCUCAGUAAAGAAGUAGUAGUUCAAAUACAAGUUAAAUUUAUAACUAAAAUAAAGAAUAAUCCCAAAAAAUAAAAUUCAGUCAUGGAUAAGAUAUUGACUUAGACUCUAUUUUUAAUGAGAACAGGAAAGAGAAAAUAAGUAGAAUUGCUAAUAAACCUGAAUUUUUUAGUGAAAAUGAAUGGAAAAAUAUACCUGAUGAUUUUGAAGAAGAAUAUUACAACAGUAAUGGUGGCAAUUAACCAAUUAAAAAUAAUAUCUUAGCUUCACGAUUACAGAGUAGUGCUAGAUAAUAAGGAAAUAAUAAUUCUUUAAAAAGUUCAUUUUAGCAAUAUAAUAAUAGGAAUUCUUAAAAUAUUUUAAAUGCUAAUUUAGUUAAUGAUUCAACAUAAUAAAUACAGUUGAGAUAUCAAAAUAUUAUAAAUGAUAAUUAUCGAGAUAAAGAUAAAAAUGACGACAAAAGUAUUUAUUAACAAUAAUAAUUAAAUAACUCAUGCAUCUAAUUUAUAAAGGAAAUUAAAUAAAGAAGCAAGUCUGAAGAUACAAAAAAAGUAAAAGUGACUUAUACAAAUAAUGUUACAGAAAACUUAAAUUAAUUAUAUAAAUACUAGAAAAAUAUGCCAGAAAUAUUUAAAAACUAGAAAAUAAAUUCUAUUUUUUCUAGUAAAUAUGAAUAGAAAACAAAUAAUAUCAAAACUAAAAAUUUCAUUUCAAAAAGUCUUUAGGAUAUUGGUAAAUAAAAAAUUAUUUAAAAUAAUUAAAAUGAAAGGUUUAAAACCGAGCCUCAUUUGUAAAUUCUAGAAAAUAUAAAUUCUUAAGAACAAAAAAAUAAUAUAAAAAUAGUGAAUAGAUAAAAUGCAACAAAUAAAGACAAAGAUGAAUAAAGCUAAGGCAUUAGCUUAUUUGAAAAAAUAAAUAUUAUUAGAAGAUGGAUUUUUCUUACAUUUGAAGAUCCUUCAUAUAGUUUUUUUUCUAAAAUGAUAUGCUUUUUUUUAUAAAUCACUAUUGCUUUGAGUUGUUUAAUUUUUAUAUUAAAUACUGUUUAUCUUACUAGUGAUACUGAAUAAAAUUUGACUGAUGGAAUAAAUUUUAAUUCGAACUCUGAUUCUACUGAUUCAAGCAACUUAUCUUCUUAAUCUACUAACGAUAUUAGCUAAUCUGUUAUCAAUUAUGCUAUUUUUUCUAUUUAUGCUGAGUUUAUUGUUUCAAUUAUAUUUACUAUUGACUUAUUUUUAAGAUUAGUUUGUUGUAGCUCUUUUGGCAUUCCAGUUAAAGCUUAUCUAAAAUAACCAGUGAAUUUAAUUGAUUUAAUAUCUAUCAUCCCAUUUUAUAUUGUGUUAAUCUUCUAACAAACUCAAGUCAAGUAACUUUACAUUCUAAGAAUAGUGCGUUUGCUUAGAAUAAUUCGUGUUUUUAAACUUUCUAAAUAUAUAAAGGGAUUUUCCAUUUUAUACAAAGCAUUGCAAAGAUCCUAUAAAUAACUAAUUUUUGUUUUGAAUUUAAUAUUAAUUAUUGCACUUUUUGCAUCCACUUUGAUAUAUUACUUAGAAAAUCACUUAACAAAUAGCAGUUUAUAACUUAGUGAUAUUGAUCAAAGCUUAAAAAUAGAAUCUAUACCUCAGUCAUUUUGGUUUACACUUGCAACUAUGUCAACUGUUGGUUAUGGUGAUAAAAUACCAAACACAAUACUUGGAAAAUUAGUAGCUAUGUGUAUAGCUUUUGUGGGUAAUGCUCUUAUGAUUGGACUUCCAAUCGCUAUCAUUAGCUAUGACUUUUAAGUUAUAUAUAAAGAAUAAAAAGAAAUGGAGAGAUUUAAAAGUAUCAAAAAUAAAAGCAUUGAGUAAAUUAAAAAGCUUUAAAAUUCAGCACAUGCUUCUUUUAAAAAAUUUUAUUCUGCAUAGAUGACGUAAGAAAAUGAUAAUAAAGAAAAGUCAACAAAUGAAUAAAUUCAAAUCAAUUAAUCUUUUGAAAUCAGUCCUUAAAAUAAUUAAAAUGUCAAAUAUAAAAACAGAAAUUAAUAAAAUGAUAUUAUUUAAAACUCAAAUUUUAAUUAAGCUCUAAAUGGUAGUUUUUUAAUUGAUGAAAUGGUAAAUUAAAAGCCAGAGUAGAUAUUUAAUGUCAAUAAAUAAUAAUAAAAUUAUUAGUAAAAUAAAAAUGAUAUAUAAAAUUAUUAAAAUUCGCAAGGAACCAUAUAAAAAUAAAAUAUUUAAAAUUUUCAAAAUACAUUUUUGUAAAGUAAAAAGGGUGAAAAGAGCAUAAAUAACUAAAAUUAAACUGAUAGCUAAUAUAGAAUAGGUGAUAAGUAAAAGAUACAUUUUAAAAGAACUGUAUCGUAGUUUGAUGGUUAAGAAUAAGAAAAUAUCUAAAAAACUGAAUAAAAUGAUGAGUAUGAGGCAUAAAUUAUUUAUAUGGCUAACAGGCUAAAAUAAAUUUCGAAAACUAAUAAAGCAAUUAGAGAACUUACAUUUUAAAUUUCUAAAAUGUCUUAUGUUGUGACUCUAGAUAUAGCGAAAUUAUACCAAACUUUUUCUCAAGAAAAAAAAUUGUAAACAAACAACUAAAAAGAGAGAAGUGAUAUAGCUUAUAUGGCAUAGAAAUGUGAAAGCACUAAGAAUUCACUGUUAAAAUAACGUUUCAAUUCAAUAAUUGCUUUUUAAAAAAGUGUAAAUAACAAUCUAUCAACUAAGAUUAGCUUAAAUUAGUUUAUGUAGCUGAAUUAGGCCAGCUUCUCUAAAAAGGGUACCCUAACCCUUAAUAGCAACUCCUAAGUAUUUCAAGAAAAUAGAAAUCCAAAAUCUGCUAAAUAUUUUAAUAGCUAGAAACUAUCUUAAAAUUAAAAUUAAGUUAAUUAAAAAUUUAUAUCUGAAAGCAUUCCAAGGAGCUAACAUUAUUACUAAAAAGAAAAGAAUUUUGAAUCUUCUAACUUCAAAUAAUCAUUCCAAGAAAUAAAUGAUAUAAAUGCAAUUAAAUAAAAUCUUAUGAACUAAUCUAACUCUUAAAAAAAUAGAAGUAAAUCUGAAUUUUACAGAAGAUUUUCAGAAGUCAACAUUCAAAAUAAAUUUAGUCAAUAAAAAGCUAUUUAUAAGCUAGAUGAAGCAGAAGAGCUUAGCGAAAAAAAUAACUAGUGUUAAUUUUCUGAUUGCUAAUCUGAAAAUUUUGCUGAUGAUGAAUUGCUAGAAGAAGAAUAUGGAUAAGUCAAAUUAUAAAAUAAAUAUAUUUAAAAUUUACACUUUAUUAAAUAAUUGUCUUAGUAGUCUAAGUCUAAGUCUAAAGAAUUUAAACAUAAAAAAAAUAUAUAAAAUGAAUAAAAUAUUUCAAAUUUAAAUUAAAACACAAGUUUGAUAUAUAGCAAUUCUAAAAAAAGUAAAAAUUCUACAAAAUAAGAUUCGUAAGUUAAAUAGAGCUAGAACUCUGAAUUUAAUGUUGAAGCCUCUAUAAUUAAUAAUGCCUAAAAUAUAUAAAAAUAAUUUAAUAAUGAAUUAAAUUCAUCAAAUUUAAACUGUGUGAAUAAAUAAGAAAGCUUACUAAAUAAAAAUUAUUUGAAUAAAUUUAAUAAAAAAUAUGAUUAAAUGAAAAAUUAUUUACAAAAAAUUGAUGUUUUUGAGGAUAAUAAUCUGACAGAUUAGGUCAGUAAAGUUUCUCAUAAAAUUUCUAAAAAAAUAGAAGAUGAUUCAUUAAAUGAUGUACAAAUAGAUAAAAUGAAUAUCAAGAAAAUUCCUAGUCAAUAACAAAUUCAUUUUAGAAACAAUUUAAAUGAAAAUGAAAAUCCAUAAAAUUUAGGUUAAGUAGAGUAGAGACUUUAUGUCUAGCAAGGAGAUAAUAAUUAGUUAUCUUAAUAAAAGAAUAGAAAAGCCUCACAACUUUAAAAUAUAAUCCAAGAUUUAUUGCUAAAUGUGAGUUUAGAUAUUCAAGAAUAAGAAGAAUAAAAGUCAGUUCAUAUUAAGUCUAUUAGAAAUAUUGAAAAUCAAUAAUAAUUUAAGAAUUUCAUUAAGGGUGAUUUUAGUAAAGAACUAUAUUAUAAACUCCCUCAAAGCUAAUUUUAAUGA